ACGCAGCUGACGUUUUGAUAUUUUCAUUCUUGACAUUCUUGACGUAGCGAAGAACCUUUUUAUGUUUUUCUUAAUUAUUGAUGUCCUAACACUGCAAAAGACGGCCCGUCCAAGUGUGGCACAACUCCCUUAACGUUCCAACGAUGUUGUCAACGCAAUUAAUUUAAACUCGUAAUCGUCAAUGUCGAUGCUUAACCGUACGAUUGAAUAAGUUGCCGGUUGCCCAAUUAAAUUUUGUUUACAUCAUGGAACUGCACAGUAAUGAUGGCAAUCCACUGGAUGAACCCGCCUAUCAUUACCAAUACAUUACCUGCCCGAGCUAUUCCACCGACCAGCAACUGAACGAUCAUCAACAUGCCGAUUCGCUGAUUGAUCAGACGCAAGCCUAUAUUCUCCAAUCCUAUCCCGAAUCGGAGAACUAUUCCACCACAGAGCUAAUCAAUCCGGACGCAGAACCACACUACCAAAUCGGCAACUACAUUGCGAACAACAUUGAGUACGAGGUUACUGACCCCGGAACAACACAGAUUAUACUUCAUGUGGAUGGCACGAAUGGCGGUCAAUUCUAUCAGCAGGUCUAUGUCAAUGACAAUCAAACUGCUUCCACAUACCAUCACUACACAAUGGAAUCGGCCGAUAUUGAGAAGCAAGAGAAUGAAUUGAUUCAUGUGAUACCAAGUGGUCACGAUUCGUACGAAUAUUCAAUGCUCAAUUCGAUGGACGAACAUUUGCCGAUGGAUGGUCAUCUGCAGGCGGAUCAUCCAUUGCCACCCAACGAUCACGAAUUGUUGCACGAAAAGGAGCAGGCACGAAUUCUACUGGAAAGUACUAUGUCUCCGUUGCUGGCUGCCGUUAACGACAUUACCUCCCGCGAUGAAAACCUUCAAAAUUAUCUCGCCCAAACCAGCCUAAAAAACGACAUGCUCGCCAAUCGGAUUCCGUCCCACCAGACCAACAUCUACAAUUCGACGGAAGACGAACACAUUCACCACCUGAACAACAUGAACCCGGUGCCGUUGCACUUAACGCAAAUGGAAAAUCAGCCAACCACCACAACGACCAUGACCCAUACAUAUUCCACCAAUGCGAAGUCGAACGGUGGUGAAAACGAAUUUGUCGAUAUAAAUGACAUGAACUUUAUGGAACAUCGGCGGGAAAUGGACCACGAGAAUUUGCUGGUGCGUCGGUCGCAGCGGAAGGUUAAGAAAGAUGAAGAAUUGGUCAUUUGUGAUAAACAGGUUCCAUAUCGAUCGCUUUGUUCAUUGCCAACCGCUUAUUUGUACAUUAAUGGGAAUGGAGAUAAUGACGUUAAAGUCUUUGCGAAAAAGGAGAUUCCACUCCGCACCAAAUUUGGACCGGUUGAAGGCGAUAUGCAACAUAUAAUCGAUCCUGAUCACCUGAAGAAGCAUUCCACACUACCGUUAUAUCUGAUUGACGAAUCAACAUACAUCGACACAUCCAAUGAACUGACGUCGAAUUGGAUGCGUUUCGUAAAAUUGGCUGUGAAAAUUUCCGAACAAAAUUGUCUGCUCUAUGAGUGCGACGGGCGACUGUAUUUCCGAACGUGCAAAUUUAUCCACCCGAAGCAGGAGCUAAAGGUCGGCUACAGCAAAGAGUAUGCCGAUCGAUUCGGUUUAAACUUUCUGGUGCCGGAUGACAAUGAAGUCGUAAGCGAUCAGGAGAAGUGGCCCUGCUUUGAAUGUGAAUCAAAAUUCGAAAGUUUUGACUUACUGCAAAAUCACUUAAUGAACGAACAUGACGAUGACCCGGCCAAUGGCGAUGGGAAUAAGAAGGUGAAAGCUAAGCGACGGAAAAUCCGUUCAAAAUUGUCGUCGAGAAAAGUGAGUGGUCCGACAACAGUGGCGGCUUGUUGCUAUUGCAGUAAAGUGUUCUCUAAACUUAUAAGCCUUAAACGCCACACCGAAUAUACGCACAGUUUUGCUGAUACGGAAAGCAGAGCAACCACUAGUGCUAACAAUGAAAAUGGCGGCAAAAGUUUCAAAUGUGAAUUGUGCCGGAGAUAUUUCACGUCUGCGGAACGUUUCGAUAAGCAUCGAUUGAUUCACUGUACAACGGCUAAAGACACAUCAUCGCUGAAAUGUACAUUUUGUCCGAGGAGAUUGUUAACACCAUCGGCACUAUCCAUGCACAUUAAGACGCACAUCUAUAAGAAUCGAUUGUUUCACUGCCUCUUCUGUCCCGAACGCUUUCAAUGGGCGAACGAAAUUAUGAAUCACGUUCCGGUGCAUCGCGUGGAUGGAUUUUAUUCGUGCGAACAUUGUAAGAAGAAAUUCAAAGAAUAUUCAAUGGUUCGCAAGCAUGUACGCUCCUAUCAUUCGUCUAUACUGCAUUCGUGUUCUGACUGUGGGGCUAAGUUCAAAUCCGUUUCGAAGCUGAAGAUACAUCGACUCAGACACUCUGACGUUAAGGAGUUCCUUUGCUCACAAUGCGGCAAACAGUUCAAGCGUAAAGAUAAAUUACGCGAACAUCAAAUUGCCAAACAUUCCGAAGCCGCAGAAAAUGCCAAAAAAAAUCAAUCGAUCGACCAAAGAUCCGCACAACCGGAUGUGGUGGUUAAAAUUGCACCGCCCGACUACGAUCGAUUUAUUUACAAAUGUCACCACUGUUUGUUGGGCUUCAAACGGCGCGGAAUGCUGAUCAAUCAUAUGGCCAAACGGCAUCCGAAAAUCAGCAUUGACACGGUGCCCGAACUUAAUCUGCCGAUUUUGAAGCCACAGCGGUUUUUCUACUGCGUCUACUGCGAGAAGGUGUACAAAAGCAGUUCGAAGCGAAAAAAUCAUAUUUUGAAGUAUCAUCCGGGUGAAGAUUUGCCCCAAUCGGCUCGAUCGAAAAUGUCCAGUGAAGGGGAAAAUCAGAAUCUCAGCUAUUCGGAGGUGGUAGGUAGUGUAACGCUAUCACCACAACGAUGUCUGUGGUGUCACAAGCAAUAUGCAACACGUACGCGACUUUUGCUGCAUCAGCGUAAGUCACACAGCGACAAUUUGAAUGCCAUUGCCAUGGGCGCUCGAUUGAAUGAAUUGGACGAUGGCAAACCGAAUUUCAUUCCGCACGAAACCGAACCGGAAAAUAAACUGUUGAAGCUAUCGUCAGCCGCACUGGAGGCGUCGCUAAAGGACGAUUUCCACUUCUUGGACGACAACAGUUCGGCGUUGUCGAAAAUCGAUGUUAAUUUCAAAGUGGUCGGUGAAUUCGUUGAUUCGUCCAGCGGAUCGAAUGUGGACGUUCAACGUUUGCCACAACUUUUCGAGGGUAUUGAUUGUUUGAAUCUGAAGCCAAGAGACAAUGAGGAGACAUGAUGACGAAGGUGGAAAUUACUUGAUGGGAAGGAGGCUUCGAUCAAUGUAAAAACAAUUCCAGAAAGGAAAGAUUAGCUACCUAGCUUGUACAUUAUACAAACGAACAUUUAUCAUCCAGGUGACAAGUGUUGCGCUGCAGAUUAAUAAACACGAAAAUAAUUUUAA